AUGUGGGGGACCCAAGGUUCGAUCUCACAUGCUGCAACUCAAGAGUUUGCAUGCCAUAACUGGAAGAUUCAGAGCACCACAACUAAGACCCAGCACAGCCAAGUAAAUAAUAUUUUUAAAAAAGAAACCAAUGCUGGUGAAUGUGUGUGCAUGCAGCAGUGUCCCAGCAGGAAGCAUGCUCAUGUGGGAUAUUUCAAAGAGUUCAGCAGAGGGAUCAUUUGUAAAGAAGUGGACAGGGGAACCUCAGGGCCAGUACAGUACCCUCGGAUGGUACUGGAGGAGAGCUAUUCACUGCUCAGGCCAGAAGGCAUAGGGAGCAAAGUGGAACCCAGAGGAGAGGGCGCUGCCCUGAGGGGAGCUGUGACCCUGGCAAGAGGGGCUCCAUCUUCUGUGGGGCCCCCCAUUACCAAACCCUACCGGAAGCCAGCAGGCACAGGGUUCCAGGUGAUGCUUCCCACCCUGGUCAGCCUCCAGGACACAGGACAGAAAGGGGACUGGGGGAAAGUAAAGACCCCCAGGCCCAGAGUUCUUCCCUAA